AAGCCUGGUACUCAGAAACCAUGGAUAGCUGCUGGUGCUGCUUGGGAUCCGGUUGUUCCGAGCCCAGUGAGGGAAAAGAGGCGGGACCGAUGUUAGAUAACAGAAAGCUUCAAACUCCUGCCAUGGCUGCAGCAGCGGUGUGGACGGAUCGAGGACGCCGGGCCAAGGCUCUGCUGCGCGUACUGACCGGAUCCAGGUCCCGUCACACCGCUUUACAACCCUUCUAUGACGCGCUGAUCAUCGGAGGAGGACACAACGGGCUGGUGGCAGCCGCCUAUCUUCAGAAGGGAGGGGUGAAGACAGCGGUGCUGGAGCGCAGACACGUGCUGGGAGGAGCUGCCGUUUCCGAGGAGAUCUUCCCUGGUUUCCUCUUCUCCAGGUGCUCAUAUUUGCUCAGUUUGUUGCGACCUCAGAUAUACAGAGAUCUUGAGCUUGAGAAACAUGGGCUGAAGGUGUACAUGAGAGACCCCCAUUCUUUCACCCCUAUGUUGGAGGAGGGGAUAAAAGGGGCUCCACCAAGGUCCCUCACCCUCGGCUCAGAUCUGGCUAAAAACCAGGAUGAGAUCGGCAAGUUUUCACAAAAGGAUGCUAAGGCUUAUCCAGAAUUUGUUGCGCACCUUGAAAAGUUAGCCGGCGCGAUCCACCCGCUGCUGGACUCUCCACCCGUAGAUAUACGAGGAGUUACUGCUGGAUCACCAAUGAAGAGGCUGGCUGCAGCUAAAACACUGAUGCCUGUUGUCAAAUGCGGUGUAAAACUUGGAGGCAAUAUUCCAGACUUUUAUGAGAUCCUAACUGCACCGCUAAUGAAGAUUCUCAUUCAGUGGUUCGAUUCAGAGCCACUGAGAGCGACGUUGGCUACUGAUGGCGUGAUAGGUGCCAUGACCAGUCCCAGCAACACCGGUAGUGGGUAUGUGCUGUUGCACCACGUAAUGGGAGAGCUGGAGAAGGAGAAGGGAGCAUGGGGUUAUGUGGAGGGAGGCAUGGGAGGUGUGUCCAAGGCUAUAGCAAAAGCUGCUCAGUCUUACGGAGUAGAGGUUUUUACAGAGAAGGAUGUAGGACAGAUCCUCGUGGGUUCAGAUGGUGCAGCUAAAGGAGUAGUGCUAAAAGAUGGCACAGAGAUUCACAGUAAAGUGGUUCUCUCAAAUGCCACCCCUUAUGUUACUUUUAAGAAUCUGACACCUAAGGGUGCUCUUUCUGAAGAGUUCACCAAAGCUGUAGAUCAGAUAGACUACACUUCACCUGUUACGAAGAUUAACGUGGCAGUCGACAAAUUACCAAACUUCCUGGCAUCACCCACACCAGAUAAUAUACCUGGACUCCACCAUCAAUGUUCAAUACAUCUAAACUGUGAAAAUGUGGACUUACUGGAGGCUGCAUUUAAGGAUGCCAAGAAUGGACGUCCCUCUGCAAGACCUAUGCUGGAGAUGACAAUCCCAUCCGUUUUGGACCCCACGUUAGCGCCCCCUGGCUGCCAUGUAGUGUCACUGUUCACCCAGUUUACCCCCUACCUUAUCGAAGGCAGGGAGUGGACCGACCAGGACCGAGAGGCCUUUGGAGACACUGUUUUUGACUGGGUGGAACAGUACGCCCCUGGGUUUAAAACGUCUGUCGUGGGCAGAGACAUCCUGACUCCCCCGGACCUGGAGAGGAUCUUUGGACUCACCGGAGGGAAUAUCUUCCAUGGAUCGAUGUCGCUGGACCAGCUCUACCUAGCACGACCUUUGCCUUCACUCUCAGACUACCGCUCACCAAUUAAAGGGCUCUAUCUCUGUGGCAGUGGCUGUCAUCCAGGUGGCGGUGUGAUGGGCUCUCCGGGCUGGAACGCAGCGCUCACUGUUUUAUCUGAUAUGAAGCGUCGCAGAGAAAUAUGACAGCAUUGUCGCUGGGUUCACUAACCACUCCUUUACUGUGCAUCUAUUUUAGUGAAAGUGACAGUUUUAUUAAACUGCAACCCCCAACUCCAGUCUUGCAUUAGUAUUCACACCCCUGACAUACAUUUAAUGUAUGUCAGGGGUGUGAACCACAACAUUUAAUGUAUUUUCUGGGAUGUUAUGCGAAAUAC